GGGAGCAUCACAGGCUGCAGCCAGAUGCCACCUGGAGCUGGUCAGCAGCAGGGUGUUCUUCCUGCACCAUGAGUCUUUCCACUGACAUUGAAGGAGUGUUCAGCUGCUGUGCUCACCAGCAUUUUAGGGCCAAACUCUCUGCAUAUAUUGGCAGAAGAAAAAAGUCCUGCAUCUCCUAGCAUUACCCAGCCAGCAUGGCUGUAGGACUCCCUUCCCCAUUUAAAUUUGUCCAGGAGGAUGCCCUUCCAGCAUCAUCCCGAUUCUUUAAACAUCUGUGUCCUGCCCUUCUGAAGCAAAAGCAUGACUCAGGCAGUUUGCAACCUUUAAGAAUCAUGUUUUUCUAGAACCAGAGCAUUUAACAAUGCACCAAGGAGGCCGGGUCAGCAGUAUUAUCUGCCACAUCCUGCCAUGUUCUGCCAGAAUAAAACGGCCCACAACAACAUGCCGCGAGUCAGACAAGGUGUUCCCUAACUGGACUUUAGCUACUGAGAUUCUGAGGAGGCCCUUUCUCUUCCUCCAAAGCAUGGCUCCACCCCACUGAGGCACAGAGGGGGGCCUCUCCUCCCAUUCUUUGGGAGUGGGCAAGAUGAUAAAGAAGGAGCCAGUCACUACAGUGUCUUGGCUGAAGCCAUUUAAGGUGUUCCAGUCAUCCCCAGCGCUUUGAAGGGUGCAGUGGAGUUACCAGCACUACUGUUGCUGGAUUGGUGCGGCGUGUCGGCUGUGUUCUGGGCCAAACAAAACAUUUUAUGAACCGAAGACUUCAAAAUUAGCCUCACUUGGAGCACUUGCAGCGAUCCGGAGUGGCUGUCGCUGAGACGUGCUAUCAUGGCCAAAGACUAUUUUCACACUGUAUGAGAAAUUGGAUCUCUUGAAUGGUUUAUAAGGCUGGGCCAGCACCACAUUCCAUGUAGCCACUUAGAUAUGGCGCACUGUCUGUAUGAUGCCUCUCUGCAAUGCUGCUUAAUCGUCUGUUUGCAGCAGCUGCUGAGACGGGGACCUGGCUGUGAUGCUGCACCAAACUGGGAUCAAGUAUGCAGUUGAAGCUACUGGCUUGAGUGAGGGAAGGCAUUUCCCUGGUAUCUAACAGCCGAUUCCUGAACCCAGGCUGGGUAACAUCUUGUCUGGAUCCCUCCUCCACCUGCAGCCACACAGCAAAGGUGCCAUCCAUGUCUGUCCAUUGUGGUCAAGCCUCAGCUAGAGUCACGUGGUCACGCUUCCUUCCACUGGAUAAGCAAGGGUGCUGCUUGCUAUAAAACAGGCUCCCAUUAUGCUGCGUGUGUCUCUGAAGAUGCUCAUCUCCUUGCUGCUCUUUCUCACAGAAAUCAGCUCCCUGAAGAUCUCUCCCAGUGACCGUGAAGUUAUCCUCAAUCUCUACAGCGAUUUUUCCCUGACUUGUUCAGGGCAGAACGAGGUUUUAUGGAGAAAGGACAGCAAAACCACAUUAGAUGCUGUGCAAGAGAAGAGUGGUAGCACUUUUGUUAGCACGCUCACACUCAGAAAUGUGACUGGCUCCUUCACGGGCGAAUACUCCUGUUCCACCGAUCAACCCCCAGAGGAAAAAUCCAUCUACAUUUUUGUACCAGAUCACUCAAUGCCAUUCCUACCAAGCAAUGUGGAAGACCUAUUUAUUUUCAGCACAGGCUACAGUGAGGACAUUAUCCCAUGCCGUGUGACCAACCCGAACACUACAGUGGCCCUUUAUGAAAAGAGGUUUAAUGACCCAGUCCCCGGCACUUAUUAUGCACAGCUAGGCUUUAAGGGAUACUUUGAUGACAUGGCCUACAUCUGCAGGGCAACGCUGAAUGAGCAGGAAUUUGACUCUGAACCAUACUACGUCUACAGCAUCCAAGUUCCUUCCUCUCCCACCAACAUAAUCAACAUUUCUAUCAGUGCAGUUCAAACUGUUGUGAAGCAAGGUGAAAACAUAACUGUGACAUGUACAGUGAGAGGCUUUGAAUUGAUCAGUUACACCUGGAGUUAUCCUGGAGAGAAGGUAGGCAAGAAGGUCCAGCCCCUGACUCAGGAUGCACCAGGUGUCCACCACUAUACGAAUUCCACCCUAACCAUCCACAAUGCAAAGCUGGAAGAUGAAGGGGUGUACACCUGUGAGGCCACUGACACCUAUUUUGGGCAAAAAGAUACACAACACAUCUUCAUUAAAGUGAUUGACCAUGGCUAUGUGAACUUCCACACUCUCCUGAAUGACACCAUGUUUGCUGAGCUGCACAAAAGCCAUACCUUCCAUGUGCAGAUUGAGGCAUACCCAAGCCCAACCAUCAUUUGGCUUCAGGAUGGUCAGCCCCUGACUUCAGAGAGCAGCAGUGAAUUUGCCAUCAGCAGCAAAAAUAUCUCAGAAACCAGGUAUCAAACUACUUUAACCCUUGUAAGGGUGAAACAGAGUGAAGGAGGCUUAUACACUGUACGGGCAUUCCAUGAAGAUGAUUCAAAGGAGCUCUCCUUUUAUCUGCAGAUUAAUGUCCAAGCGAGGGUGUCCAUUCUGAGAGAAGACAGCAACAGCAGCAGUGGCGAGCACACCGUGACAUGUGUCACUGAAGGGAUGCCCCAGCCAGACGUGACCUGGUAUACCUGCAAUGAUGCGAAACGGUGUGACAAGGAAGUCACCAGGCUCCUGGGGAAUACCUCUGAAGAGAUUAAUUUGCAAGUGAAUGCCACAUAUCAUGAUGACCAGAAGAUGUACAUUGUGACAAGCAAGCUGCAGCUCCACAAACUGAAUGACCCCGUCUUCCUCAGCUGUGUCACCCAAAAUCUCCUGGGGACAGAUUCUCAGAGCAUCACCCUGGUCCCACAGAAUUUGCCCUUUAAAGUGAUCAUAAUCUCAGUGAUCUUGGCCCUGCUGGUGCUCAUGUGUCUUUUCCUGGUGAUCCUCUUUGUGCUGUGGCGAAAGAAACCUCGCUACGAAAUCCGCUGGAAGGUGAUUGAGUCAGUUAGCUCUGAUGGACAUGAAUAUAUCUAUGUGGACCCCAUGCAGCUUCCUUAUGACUCCAGCUGGGAAGUUCCCAGGGACAAGCUGGUGCUAGGACGCACGCUGGGCUCUGGAGCUUUUGGGCGUGUGGUGGAAGCAAUAGCCCACAGCCUGAGCCACUCGCAGUCCGCCAUGAGGGUUGCUGUGAAAAUGCUCAAGUCUACUGCCCGAAGCAGUGAGAAGCAGGCGUUGAUGUCAGAACUGAAGAUCAUGAGUCACCUGGGGCCUCAUCUGAACAUUGUCAACCUGCUUGGAGCCUGCACCAAAGCAGGGCCGAUCUACAUCAUAACGGAAUACUGUCGGUAUGGAGACUUGGUGGACUAUUUACACAGGAACAAGCACACUUUCCUGCAGAGCUGGAGUGAGAAAGCCAAACAGGAAGCUGAGGUGUAUGGGAAUGCCCCCAGCGUGGACCAGAUGCAAAGCCAUACUUCCUUGUCUGUAGAAAGCGAUGGGGGCUACAUGGAUAUGAGUAAGGAUGAGUCAUUGGAUUAUAUGCCCAUGUCAGACAGGAAGGGGGAAAUCAAGUAUGUGGACAUUGACCCCUCCAAUUAUGGCACUCCCUACGAGCUGGACAGCUAUUCCCCCUCAGCUUCCGAAAAGGUGACACUGAUAAAUGAGUCUCCCCUCCUCAGCUACGCAGACCUUGUUGGAGUUAGUUUCCAAGUGGCCAAUGGAAUGGCGUUCUUAGCUUCCAAAAAUUGUGUGCAUCGAGACCUGGCUGCAAGAAACGUGCUGAUCUGUGAGGGGAAGCUGGUAAAGAUCUGUGACUUUGGCCUAGCCAGAGACAUCAUGCGGGAUUCAAAUUACAUCUCCAAAGGCAAUACCUUCUUGCCUUUGAAAUGGAUGGCACCCGAGAGUAUCUUCAACAACCUCUACACCACCUUGAGCGAUGUGUGGUCUUUUGGGAUCCUUCUUUGGGAAAUAUUCACUCUGGGUGGGACUCCAUAUCCUGAACUGCCUAUGAACGAACAAUUCUAUAAUGCCAUUAAGCGCGGAUAUCGGAUGUCCAAGCCUACCCAUGCAUCGAAUGAGAUCUAUGAAAUCAUGCAAAAAUGCUGGGAAGAGAAAUUUGAAAUCCGACCUCCUUUCUCUCAGCUGGUUGUACUCAUGGGAAACCUCCUGGAAGACAGUUAUAAGAAGAGGUAUCAACAAGUCAAUGAAGAGUUCUUGAAAAGCGACCACCCUGCUGUUGUCCGCACAAGGCCCAGGAAUGCGGCACUCAACAACUCCACUGCUGAGGACACUGCUCGUUCAAGCCCUGUCCUCUACACAGCUGUGGAGCAGAAUGGACUGGACAAUGAUUAUAUCAUUCCUUUGCCUGACCCUAAACCAGAAGGUAUCAGUGACAACCUUCAAGAAGCACCCAGUAGUCGGGCAAGUUCUACAUUGAAUGAAGCCAACACUUCAUCUACCAUAUCCUGUGACAGCCCGCUAGCUCCUCAACAAGAAGAAGAACAAGAAGCACUAGUGCUAAAGUCAGACUGCUAGGGUUACUAGAGCUGCGUCUGUGGAAGGGGGACAUGCAGGCACGUGUGGUGGUGCUGGGGUUUUCCAAGCAAAACUGGUACAUCCCUUCCCUUCAGCCCUACAAUGCAGUUGCAGCUUGUCCUUCCUUCCUCUUCAGCUCAAAGCAGAACCCAGGAACUGUAACAUGGAAGAAACUUUUCUGGGGCCAAGAGUACCUACCAGUACCUACCAGUAAGACUGCAGAUGAGAUCAACCCAGCUGAAGUCUGUGUCCUGUGGUUGUUUGUGUGACUCCCCAAACUUCUUAAUUGGGGCUAUUUCCAUUCCAUCACCUAAUGCAGGUUCUCCAUCCAUGGUCCUCUCUGCUAACCCAGAAUAUUGUGAGUCUGUGUGCGGCAUGAACUACCUUGUUGCAGGACAGAGAGAAAAGUAUCUAUAAAAGUAGUCUCCAUGGAAAAGCAAGCCUUCCUUGUAUCAAGCAAAGGAUGACCUCCCCAAGGUUUCCCUUGGAGAGCACCUUUACCUGUGCUUCCAUUCCAUUCAUACAAGUUUAUUCUUGGCCGUUCAUUAUCAAAUCAUCCCUUUUAAAAGCUGAUCGGAAAGCAGGGAUGAAGCAUGAAACAAGGUGACAUAUGUAUGCAUGUACAGACUCUUUCAAGAUGCACUAACAGGGAAUUGGUCCGCCCACAGUCUCAGCCAGUUUUCAAACACUGAAUGGAUGCUCCAUUCAGGGUGGUAUUCAGAGCAGCGUUAGAAUGGUGGCCAUCAGAAGAGCAAACCUAGACAUUAGAGCUGGAUUCUGCUCUUCAAGGAUAGGCUGGACAUGCACAUGGUAGGCGUGUCAUGAGUAGAGUCAGCUGGAGCCAGGGGUCCGAUUAGAUGGCCCGGGAGACCCCUUCUGACUCUGUUUCUGUGUUUCCUUUCCUGGGCUUUCCAAUGCUUUUGCUAUGGGGCCAGCAACACAAGAAUGAUGGUACAGUAUUACAUGUAGCACAGAUUAAAGGUACUCAGAGAUAUUGGGCAUUUGUAGUUGUCCAAACAAGACCCAAAGGGACAUCCUAAUGGCCCAGGGGCAUACGGAGCAGCAAACAGAGACUGACAGCUAAGGACUCUACUGUGGCCACAGCAGGGCAUUCCACUGGCACGUGUCUCUGUGAUAUGGACAGAGAGGCAGGGGGUGCUUGUUCAGCCACUCCCCCCUUCCCAGUCUGGCCCUUGCAUGUCACAGGCAACCCCUGCAUUAAAGUCCAAUGCUAUGUGAAACGUGCAACUGCAUUUCAUGUACCUGUGUUGCUAUUAUUUUUUAACAAAUAGAUGUUACAAUGGUAGAUAAAUCAGAAUUUGGACCAUAAGGAGGGGGAUGGCUCUUCCUUUCCCUCAUAGUCCUGCUGAAAACUGCUCCUUCCCCUUGUGCAGUGGAUUUUUCAAUCCCUUUACUGUCCCCAUCCCAUUUUUAAUUAGACAUCUGUGCUACCAGCACCACUUCCCCACUUCCUACAUUGCAUUUACUCUAUUUUGAUCUAUUGUCAGUGUUUGUUUAUAUGUUUAGAUUAAGAAUAGCAAUAAAGGUCGGGAAUCUUUCCAAAAGAACAUAAUAUUAAAAGGAAUAGUGCUAUAAUAGUUUGAAAGGAGGUCCUUCUAUAAAUCACGGCCAGUGCAGGGCUGAUCUUUUUUCACCCAUGCAAUCAGCCUUUGAAAUGACACUGUGACGAGCCAUAGUUUCCCCUCCUAGUCAGCCACUUACUCAGCAUUGUUGCCUAUAGAAAUUACUUACAGGCCUUCACCUUGGGUAUGGGAGAUAGGGCAGAAUAAAACCACCAGAUCAUGCUUUUUGACCAUUUUGCACCAUUACUAUACCAUGUGCAUAAAUCCCAUAAUAUUGACCACGUUAUGGAAGAAUUUUAGCUCCCCUUUCUUUCUGGAGAAUUUCUCUAGGUAAUCUGAACUCCCUCAGUACAUUUUCCUAAGCCGAUUAGAACAUUUUGUUCUGAGGGCUUAACGCUUGGUUAUGGCCAAAAACUAGGGUUAGGUCCUAAUGCGCCCCAGAGUACUUGGUCAGCACGCCGAUCACAGAUUCAGCCCCCGGAUGCAGUCCGGUCCUGGAUAAGGUCUCUGCCAAAAUCCUGGAAAACCUCUGCCAGGUGGAGACAUCAAUACUGGGCUGACAGAUUCGAUAUAAGGCUGGCCUGCUAUUAGACACCUUCCUACAUUUGGUGGCUGAAUUUUGGUGUGACCUGACCACGACCCAGGAUUUUUAAUUACAUAUAGCUCAGUCCCUUUAUCUGUAACAGGGCAGAUGUGCUCCACCGCUCUUGAGCUUCUUUGACAAGGACGAACAACCUGAUUUGCCUUCUGCACCACUGAGCUGCACAGUAGUUCAGUUUCACAUCUCACUGCAGCAAAGGCUUGAUCUUGAUGCAAAACCCCCCAGACUCCUACCCGGGGUCAGUGGAGCAGCUAGGUGACCGCCAAAGCACACUUCAUGCUUCCCAAGGCUAAAGUAGCACAUAGCUAGUGCCUCAUAGUUUCAAAUAUUUGAAGUAGUCCAAGCCUAAACAUUUACAUUCUCCACAGAAGGUCCUUUUUCAGCUGCUUCUGUAGACUCCCCCUCAGUGAAAACCUAAAUGGUGACAGAUCUGUCAUUUGGAAACCAGACAGGAAAUGCAACAGUCACCAGAUGUUCUAAUCAUUCACCCAAAAAAGCUAGGACACUGUGGCUUUUCAAAUGCUGAUGUUCAUCCUGGCUUGGUAGGUGCCACAUUUACAAACAGGAGCACCAUUCUAGCACAACAGCAAGAAAAAAAACAAUCCAGUUCCGUCAAUGAGCAGACAAUGCAAUAAAAAACAUCUGAUAACCCACGAAACACAGAUGAAUUGGGUUUAGCAAAUCUGUCCAUCCUGAGCCCUGGCUGCCACUGACAUAGGACCUAUGGCUUCUAGCUCAUAAAUGUUCAUAGAAAUGGAAGAAACCUGAACAAUGUGGCGAGGGCCCUGACAUUGGCAACAGUGGUAGAAUGUGGGAGAGGUGGAGAUGAUUAAGACUCUGUCUGUGGCCACAAUCUGGCCUAUGAGCUUUCUCCUAAAGGGGACCAUCACUUCUUAUUUCUACGCAUGUCACUGUCAUUUUGGCUUGCCAGGUUUUAUUUUACAUUAAAAAAAAUACUGGCUAGAGGUGAGUCAAAAUCCAUUCCCUGUAUCUUGACUGAAACAUGUUAAACUUUGGAAUGUCCCAUUUUUGCAGGAUUGGUCUCAUCUCUUGAGUAUUGUUUUCUUUUCUAUAGCAUAUUAAUUUACAGCUGUAGCAAUGUUAUCAGCUCAAAUAUAUGCAUCUUCUCCAGCCAGCCACUACUGCUAUGUAGCCAGAAUAUACCAGAGGAAUAUUGCCACAUUAAUUACUGUGUUAUCCUUUGAAAUGCUUAUAAGAUUGAUGUGUAUACGUUUUAGUCUUGACUUUCCUUUUCUGUUUGACUGUGUUGUUUUUAUUAAUUGAGGGAAGUAGAGCAGUGCAGAGUUGUAUUUUCGUGUUGUUGCUGUGUGAUCCAGAGCACCAUGGACUUUGUUUGCAAUACAUGAGCAGCCUUGUCCACUCUUCCAAGGGCCCCCAGGUUCUUCGAAGGGCAGGAAAUUGAAGUGCAAUGAAGUGUUUUAUGGCAGUCAGCCAGUUCUGGCAUUUAAAGCCCCCCUCCCUCCCCACCGAGCAUCACCAGCUCCCUGAAAGGGCCAGGCCAUGCAAGAGCACUCUGCAGUUUAGAAACCAGUGAACUCCAAGCUAGUAUUUAAAUGGAUCCCGAACAGAAGAAGGGAUUGGAGAAUCAAGCUGGUUGCCUUGCAUCAGAAGAGUAUUACAAUCAUGUAUCUGCAAUUGGAGGUCCUUCCUUGGCUCACAUAGUUUACAGAGAAUCAUUCACCUUUUUGCCACUUCUGUGGGCUUUGCAUGGAUCCAAAAUAUAAAUGCAACCAAAAUAAGCAGCACCAUUCCUGAUAUCUUUUCUCACUCAUGUGGUGUUUGAUCAAAAAUGAAUUAAAUCCUAUUCAGUAGUGAAACCAUGUACAUCUACAGGAAAAUUUUCCUGACCUUGAAGUGGUUUCCAGGGAAUGUUAAAGGGAUGCCUGACUUCUAAGAUGUCCCAGAGAGCUGGUGAUCCUAAAUGAGAUGUGGUGGCUGUUGAAUUUCCAUUCAAAGAGCAACUGACUUUUGAGAGUGGCUUCCCGGAGCUGGCAAAUGGACUCCACGGCACUUGGUACAAGUUGGGAAAAUACUGGCAAUAUAGCUGUGCCAUCAUUUCUGUAAUGGCUUGUUCCUGGCAAUUGUUCAAGGGGUUUCUCUACACAAGAUAUGUAUUGUGCAUUUGUGAUCCCUUGUGUAAAAGGCCGUUCUUCCUCCUGGAAAGAAAAUGAAAGAAGUCACCUCAGUAAAUGCUGGGUUAAAUGUCUCAUGUAGAGAAGCCCCUAACUUGUGUGUGGAAAGUGCACCAAGACUAGGCUUUCUUCCUGCAGUGAUUACUCUAGUACUUUGGUUGCCUCCACCAGAAACACCAGCUGGUUAUGGUGUGAAAAACUUGGUGCUCCUUUGCAUGAAGGAGCCUGCAUGGCCUGAAUACUCUAGGAAGGGGCCAGAUGGUUUCCCACUGUGUGAACAGAGUGCUGAACUGGAUUGAUCAAACCCUGCAUGGAUCUUCUUAUGUAUGUUCUAGUACAGCAAGGGGCAACCUAAAGAAGGGUCAGUGGUCUUGCAGUGGUUGACAUGCCUUGACUUUCCAGAACCAUCAUGGUGGAGGGGAAGGAAAAGUGCUGAUCCCAGAUCCCUUCCCCAAAUGCUCAGCAGCCCCUCUGCUGAACAAACUGGGGACUCGAGUUGGAAUGGACUGAUGGAGUUCCACAAUAAAGCCCAUCUCCUGCAAAGUAUCUGCAUACUGGAGCAGGUUUCUGUGUCGCUCAUGCACGCUUGCCUCACCUUGCCCCCAGCAGCUCAGCUUCUCCAUGCCUGUGUGCUGCUGAUGCAGAGAUGUGUGUGCACGUGAGUGGAAUAUGCACUCUGCUGCAGGGCUUGUGGUGGUGCCCCAGCUUGCCCAUUUUUGGAGGAGAUGGAGUGCAGCCCAGACACUGACUCUCCCCUACUUACCUUUCAUCUGCAUGAAAGGGGGCAGCUUAGCAGCAUUUCAGGAGUGGGCAAGAUGCUUUUUGUCUUGUUUUGAAUUGCAAUGCUGAGCAGUCUACGUAGAAGAGCCAUUGAAAUUAAUGGGACUUACCUUCGGGUAAGUAUAAUGUUUUGAUAUAUGUGUGUGUGUGUGAGGGGAUAGAUAUUUCUAUGGGACAAUCUGCUGUUGCACCUGCCCCUUCAAAAUUGACCAGGCUCACUUUCAUAGCUGUGUAAAAACUGAGGGUUGCUGGGAGGAUUGACGGGCAGGGAUGGUGUUAAGCAUGACCUCCCAUGGUACUUUCUGUCCUGCAGAUUCCUCCACCCUAUGAUUCUGGUGUAAGAGGCAUCUAGCCUCCCAGCCUGGGUUUGUUUUGCUUUUUUAAGUGUCUUGGUCAAGCCCAUUGAAUCCUCCUUUAUUGCAGAAAGAACUUGAACCCAGGUCUGCCAAGCUCUAGAUCUUUGCUUUAGCCACAAGAAUGUUCUCCUAUAGCAACUGACAGCGCUCUCUGAAUGGUGAAAAACAAAACCCAUGUCUUCCCUUAUAGUCCUUUUGAAAGCCAUCAUGGUGGGGUGAAAUGCAGAAAAGUGUUUGAACUAAGGUACCAAAGAUGCAACAUUAUUCUAGGUUUACAAAUGUAUCUUAAAACUCUAAUUAAGCCACAUUUAUACCAGUGAGAUAUUAUUUUUAUGCUGUAAACUUGUCAUACGUAUUUUUAAAGAAAGAUUUUUAAAAUUAAAAGAGCUUCUUUUUAAACC